AUGCUUCUUCACGUCCACUCUGCCCUCCUGGCAACGGCAUUCGCCAGCCUCGCCCACGCACAAUGCCCCUUUGCCGACGUGGGCAACCUCGCGGCCCGCGCCGAGGGCCUGGGCUCCCGCAGCCACCUGGCCGACUUUGAGGUUGACGACUCGGAGGGCUACAUGACCUCUGACGUUGGCGGCCCCAUUGAGGACCAGGAGGUGCUGACGGCGGGCGAGCGCGGUCCGACGCUGCUCGAGGACUUUAUCUUCCGCCAGAAGAUCACGCACUUUGACCACGAGCGCGUCCCCGAGCGAGCCGUCCACGCGCGCGGCGCCGGUGCCCACGGGACCUUCACCAGCUACGGCGACUACUCCAACAUCACGGCGGCCUCGUUCCUCGGCGAGGCGGGCAAGGAGACGCCCAUCUUUGUCCGCUUCUCGACCGUCGCCGGCUCGCGAGGCAGCGCGGACACGGCGCGCGACGUCCACGGCUUCGCCACGCGCUUCUACACGGACGAGGGCAACUUUGACAUUGUCGGCAACAACAUCCCCGUCUUCUUCAUCCAGUCGGCCAUCCAGUUCCCCGACCUCAUCCACGCCGUCAAGCCCAGCCCGGACAGCGAGGUGCCCCAGGCCGCCACCGCCCACGACUCGGCCUGGGAUUUCUUCAGCCAGCAGUCCACCACCCUCCACACCCUCCUCUGGGCCAUGGCCGGCUACGGCCUCCCCCGGAGCUACCGCCACAUGGACGGCUUUGGCGUCCACACCUACCGCCUCGUCACCGACGACGGCACCUCCCGCCUCGUCAAGUGGCACUUCAAGUCCAAGCAGGGCCGCGCCUCGCUCGUCUGGGACGAGGCCCAGCACCUGGCCGGCAAGAACCCAGACUUUCACCGCAGGGACCUCUGGGACGCCAUCGCCGCCGGCCACGCCCCCGAGUGGGAGCUCGCCGUCCAGGUCGUCGACGAGGAGGCCGCGGCCGCUUGGGACUUUGACCUCCUCGACCCGACCAAGAUCAUCCCCGAGGAGCUCGCCCCCCUCCAGCCCCUCGGCCUCCUCCGCCUCGACGCCAACCCGGCCAACUACUUUGCCGAGACGGAGCAGGUCAUGUUCCAGCCGGGUCACAUUGUCCGCGGCGUCGACUUCUCCGACGACCCCCUGCUCCAGGGCCGCAUCUUCUCCUACCUCGACACCCAGCUCAACCGCCACGGCGGGCCCAACUUUGAGCAGCUCCCCAUCAACAGGCCCGUCACCCCCGUCCGCAACAACAACCGCGACGGCGCCGCCCAGAACCUCAUCCACACCAACACCGCCCCCUACUCCCCCAACACCCUCAACAAGGGCUAUCCCCGCCAGGCCGGCCGCGACGAGGGCCGCGGCUUCUUCACCGAUCCCAACCGCAAAGUCGCCGCCUCCGGUUCUGGCUCCGGCUCCGGCGGCGCCUCGCUCGUCCGCCGCCGCCCCCAGUCCUUUGCCGACCACUGGUCCCAGCCCCGCCUCUUCUACAACUCCCUGACCUCCGUCGAGCAGCAGCUGCUCAUCGACGCCAUGCGCUUCGAGGUCUCCCAGGUCAGCCCGGCCAUCCAGGAGAACGUCCUCGUCCAGCUCAACAAGAUCAGCCACGACGUCGCCGUCCGCGUCGCCACCACCCUCGGCCUCGACGCCCCCGCCGCCGAUCCCACCUACUACCACGACAACACCACCGCCGGCCUCAGCAUCAUGGGCGAGCCCCUGCCCUCCAUCGCCACCCUCCACGUCGGCCUCCUCGCCUCGCACAGGGUGAACGGGUCCCUCGCCCAGGCCGCCGCCCUCAAGGAGGCCUUUGCCGCCCUCGACGUGACCGCCGCCGUCGUGGCCGAGACCUUGGCCGACGGCGUCGACAGCACCUAUGCCACCUCGGACGCCGUCGCCUUUGACGGCAUCAUCGCCACCAACGGCCUCGACGUCCUGCUGGCAUCCAAGGCCAAGUCGCCCCUGUACCCGACGCGUCGCCCUGCGCAGAUUGUCGAGGAUGGCUACCACUGGGGCAAGCCGAUCGGGUACAUGGGCUCGUCCGCUGCCGCACGCGUGGCCGAGGACGACGGUGUGUACGCGGUGGACAGCGUGGGCGCGCUGGUGGACGCCUUCAAGCAAGGUCUCGCCACGUUCAAGUUCACGGACCGCUUUGCGCUGGAUGACCAAUCCUAG